AUUCCACAAAAAAAUCCGACGUUCAGUUGAUCCUUCGGCUGGUGAUUAUUCAGUGUUUCUUUCGUAAUGAGGGUCGACGUUCACGGGAGCAGAUUGACUGCGUUGAGUCUUCUGCUCACGCUCUUGUUCCGACCGUCGAUGGCGAAACUGUUCCCCAUAAAUCCGCACAUUCCAUUAGAGGGAACACCUGCAAAUCCAGGAACUCCGUGGCCAAAACCUGCCUCUAUGCAAAGCUCCCAGCAGUCCUUGUACACGUUCGCACCGUCCGAUUUAUUGAUAUCCGCUGCUUCGAACUCAAUCCGGGAUUGCGAGAUAUAUCAAUAUGAGAUGGAAAUUAUCUCAGCAAAGCUUUUCCCACUGGGAAUGAAUACAGCUGUGUUGCCAGGAGUCCUCGUGAUCGAGGAGAUGCGAUUUGAAACCGCGGAGUGCUCUUCGACCGCAUCGUGGUGCGAAAGUUAUCCUUCUUUGGAUACCUCUCCCAACGACAGUUGCAGUUCGGAGCAAUAUGAAAUAAUGACCGAAGAAACGGACAGCAACGACGCAGCUGCAGUUGUCAUUCGAAGUAAUACUAUCUGGGGUGCACUGCACGCAGUGGAAACACUCGCUCAGCUCAUUUGGAUGAAGGACAACAAGUUGUUGACACCCUGCUUUGGAGAUUCAGUGACUCCAGGAACACCAAAUUUCCCGAUUCACGCGGAUCACGAGGUUUUGAACCCGAUGUUGGACUCGACUUUUGAAUUCUUGCGACGUGCCGGUGCAGGCUCAGGAUCAAACCCAGUAACCCGGGCACCAUUACAAGGCACAGGCACAUGCGAACCCGGUGUCGGCAGUGGCACCGUUGGUGGCGGCGGAGGCGUCGUAGUAGUUGUAGUAGUAGUAGUAGUAGUAGUUGUAGUAGUAGUGGUUGUUGUUGGCACUGCCCCAGGGCAGCACAUGAACGGUCGAUUGAACCGGAAGUCGCAGAUGGUGCUGCGAAGGAAAUUAAGUACCCCGGCCGAGGGGUUCUCCAGGAGUUUCAGGUAUGACGGGCACUGGUCCAGAGUCACACAGCGACCGGGUUGCCGAUCAGGGGUUCGACAUGCUGGCACAGAACCCGCGUUAUUGCUGGUGACACCUGUGCCUGUGCCUUGUAAUGGUGCCCGGGUAAAAUUGUGGGGCAGAGGAUCAAUUUUUGAGCAGGCACUGAUAAGCAUCAACACGCCCAGCAGCAGAAUAACAGAUUCAGUCAUCUUGUUCUUCAAGAGAGAUGUCAAGACAACAUCCUGUCGCGGUGUCAUUCUGAUCACCAACCAGCCCCAAGUGAUGUAUCACAAGGAGAUGUCUCGAGUUUGUUUCGCUCGGUUCGUUCCACUCUUCAGCCUGGUGUUUCCGGUUUACAACCGACUGACUGAUGGUCUGCUGCUGGUCAUCGCUAUC